CUGAGAGUGAUAGACGAGUUCUCCUCGCAGGCUGCUGCUGUGCCAAUGCGCAAACAGUGUACGCCGUGGGAUAGGUCUCCCCAAAUUGAGGCUGCGCUCGGAACGAUCAUGCGAUUGAAUGACGAGCGCGUCAUGCUUGUCUUCCUCCUCUCCUGCUCAGCGCGAUCAGUGGCUCUGCGUUCCGCAAUCCCCUGGGAUACUGUACCGCCCUCGAUGGCGCUGAUAUCGCCCUUUCUUUGGCACUGAAUGGCUGUCCGGAGCGAGGGAAAGCCGGGAGAGAGAUCGCUGCGUCUCCUCCUCUGAACCGAGCGGCUCUGCAUCAGCUUCCCGGCGCGGGGACCCUCUUGGUGGUGUGCGUAGGCGCACCAUGGCCCAGACCCUCCAGAUGGCGAUCCCAAACUUUGGCAACAACGUUCUCGAGUGUCUGAAUGAGCAACGGCUGCAGGGUCUCUACUGUGACGUCUCCGUUGUGGUUAAAGGCCACGCCUUCAAGGCUCAUCGAGCCGUUCUGGCGGCCAGCAGUUCUUAUUUCCGAGACCUUUUCAGCAGCAGCAGCAAUAACGGAGGCGGAGGCAGCAAUGAGACGAGCCCGACCGUUGUGGAGCUCCCGCCGGCCGUGCAGCCUCAGAGCUUCCAGCAGAUCUUGACUUUCUGCUACACGGGCCGCCUCAGCAUGACGGUGGGCGACCAGUUCCUCCUCAUGUACACGGCCGGCUUCCUGCAAAUCCAGCAGAUCAUGGAGAAGGGCACCGAAUUCUUCCUCAAGGUGUCGUCUCCCAGUUGUGACUCCCAGGGCCUUAAUGCAGAGGAGGCCCCGCCCUCGGAGCCCCAGAGCCCCGUGACGCAGACCAGCAACGGCGCGGCGCGGCCUGCCAGCUGCGUGACGCCGCUCCCGCUGGUCGCGCGUGUGAAGACCGAGCAGGGAGCCACCCAGCCCGAGGCGGCCACUCCUUACUCGGUGGUUUGCACCCCGGUAGCGAAGCGGCUGUGGGAGGGCAGCAGCAGCCGCGACGGAGGCGGCAUCGGCUCGGGGGGAGGGGGCGGGGCCCGCAAAGCAGCCCGUUAUUCCCAGGAUGCAGUGCGGGGCAGCGCGAUCCAGAGCCCCGGAGCCCUGGGACUGGCCAUGGGCAUGGGUGCCACGGCCACCGGCCUGGCGGGCAUGGUGGCCGGCGGGGGGGUGGGCGGGAAUGCCGGCACCAACGGGAGCGCCGCGUUGGGCCUGGGCGUGUCAGAAGGAGCCAGCCCGGGCACUCUGAGCACCUAUGCAAGUGAUUCACCCAUCAGCUACCACGAUGACGAAGAGGAGGAAGAGGGGACGGAUGAAUGUGCCGAGGAGCAGUACAGGCAGAUCUGCAACAUGUACACCAUGUACAGCAUGCUCAACAUGGGAGCUGCAGCUGCCGGCGAGCGCGUCGAGGCUCUGCCGGACCACACAGAGACGCGGGGCCGGAUGCGAGGACGAGAUCUCACGAGUCUUCCCGCAGAACUCAUCGCUCAGAUAGGAAACCGCUGUCAUCCCAAACUGUACGAGGAAGGAGACCCUGCUGAGAAACUUGAGUUAGUCUCAGGUACUUCUGUGUUCAUAUCACGGGCCCAGCUGAUGAAUUGUCACGUGAGUGCAGGGACCAGACACAAGGUGCUGCUGAGGAGGCUGCUGGCCGCCUUCUUUGACAGGAACACUCUGGCGAACAGCUGUGGAACCGGCAUCCGCUCGUCCACCAACGACCCGAGCCGCAAGCCCCUGGACAACAGAGUGCUCCACGCAGUCAAAUUUUACUGUCAGAACUUCGCCACCAGCUUCAAAGAGAGCGAGAUGAACGCCAUCGCGGCCGACAUGUGCACCAACGCCCGGCGUGUGGUCCGCAAGAGCUGGAUACCCAAGCUGAAGCUGCUGAUGGCCGAGAGCGACGCCUACUCCGCUUUCCUCCCCGACAGUGUCAAGACUGAGGAGGACACCCUCGGGGCGGACCCCACGUUCGACCCCGCCGUGCUGGAGGCCGCCGGCAGCGCCGGCAUGGAGUCGGGCGGCUCCUCAGGUGAAUCGCUACCGAGCGUCGGCGGCGACGGCGGUCCGCUGUUCUGAAGAUUUUGAAUUGUGGUGACGCACAUACUAGUAUCCCCCAGUUGUGCUUGCCUCCUCACUCUUUGGCCCACGCUGAUCUCUCACAUCUUGACUGUCUAUACUACACUGCUAGGGGCAACUGUCGUUACCCGGAUGUAACCAGGACAUAAAAACUUAUAUUUUUUGCUUUAUGACGGUAUAACGGAGUCGAGUCGAAGGAAGGGAGAACAAGAGGGUCUUUAAGUUCUCUCCUCUCUGCCCUCUGUCUCCUCUUGUCUUUUUAAGGUGUGUAAGUGCAUCCACUGUUGCAUAUUAUAUACAUUCCCUAAGGUGCAGGUGUUGAGGAGAGUUACCGGUGCAGUCCGAGGAGGAAGGCACGGCCGAGCGAACAGGCUGGGGGUGAAAGUGACAAGUAUACUGAAUGUAAGUGUCGGUGGCAUUCUUCUCUAUGCAAGCCUGACAACUUGUAUUCCAGCCUCGGGAAAGGAACAAAAAAUUAAAAAUAGAUGCAUUAUUAAAAUGAAUUAACACUACCUGCUCCUCCUCCUCCUCCUCCUCCUCUUCCUCCUCUUUCCAUCUUCCACUCAUCACCGUGCAGAUAUUCUCCAACCCACCUCACAUUUCUUGAGACCAGAGAUUCUCGACUGUGUGUUUCACUGUGCAGUGUCUUAUGGAAAUGUAUCUCAUCUUUCUCUGUUCUCUAAAUUUUUUUAGCAUGUUUCACCGUCUGUGAACU